CGCCAUGUAUGACACCCUUCACUCUGCUCUGCCAUCGUUCACUUUUGAUAAACAUUAAAACAGUGUUUGGUUCUCGAACCCAGUUUCCUCCUUGUGAUUCAUCGGUGAAACUUCGGAAGUAAGUAAUUUUUAUCCGUUUGAAUCAUAGAAAUUACCGACGUUAUUAACGUCACUAGUACUGAAAAUCGUUUAUUGUAAAUUGUUUUAACGUUUUGUUCACAGAAAUGGGUCGUCGUCCCGCAAGAUGGUAAGUAAAAUCACUUAAUUUUUCGUAUUUACCCAACCUCCACAUUUCACGUAGAAAGUCAUUGCUAACUAUGUGUAUAAUAACAUUUUCAUGAAAAAUGAAUAGCUUUCAUUUUACUAAUUUAUUCUAAAAUAAUCUUAAGAGUACUUACUUAAAUCACGGUACACUAACAUUGUAUUUUAGGUGUUACUUUACUUAACAUUGUAGUUUGUACAUACUAAUAUUGAACUGUAGUAAACUCUUUUAAAUCUUGUUUGUAUUUUUGUAUAGCUAUCGUUAUUGCAAAAACAAGCCGUAUCCCAAAUCUCGGUUUUGUCGUGGUGUGCCAGAUCCGAAAAUUCGGAUUUUUGACUUGGGUAAAAAGAAGGCGCGAGUAGAUGAUUUCCCGCUUUGCGUUCAUCUGGUAAAUUUAAUACCAUUCAACACCGAAGUUAAUUCCAAAUAUUUUAAUUUUCAUUUAUUAUUAUUCAUAGGUAUCUGAUGAAUAUGAACAGUUGUCAUCUGAAGCAUUGGAAGCUGGACGUAUUUGUGCUAACAAGUACAUGGUUAAACAUUGUGGUAAAGAUCAAUUCCACAUUCGUAUGAGACUUCAUCCGUUCCAUGUUAUUCGAAUCAAUAAAAUGUUGUCAUGUGCUGGAGCUGAUAGGUUUUUUUUUUUUAACUUAAAAAUUGUUUAAACUUAUUCUAGAUUUAAUGGUUUUAAUUUUCUAUUUUGUUUAAUUUCAGGCUUCAAACUGGAAUGAGAGGAGCUUUUGGUAAACCUCAAGGUACUGUAGCUCGUGUACAUAUUGGUCAACCAAUUAUGAGUGUCCGUUCAUCUGACAGAUACAAGGCAGCUGUUAUUGAAGCUUUACGCCGUGCUAAAUUUAAGUUCCCCGGUCGCCAAAAGGUGUGUACAUUAUAUAAUUCAAAAAAUAUCUAAUUUACUUUUGUUCCUUGAUUUGUUGAUUUUAAUUAACUAUAACCAACUUUACAAUAAGUUUAUACCAUUUAUACUAAUACAUAAUUAGGUUAAUUUUAGGUUGAGUUGUUUAUAAAUCAAUAUAUUUUUCGUUGAACUUCAGUUUUGUAUUAAAAAUUUAUAAAUUCAUCAAUUUAAAAUAAAAGUAUUCUAAAGUUUUCAUAAACAAUAAAACCUUUAGGUCAGAAAUUACAGUUAAAAAAGUUUAUUUGUGGGAAGGUUGUAUGCAUCCUAAACAGUCAAAUUCGAUAUAUGAUAGAGGGUUAUGAUAGGUAUUUCAAAUUGGUAAUUUGUAAAUUUUAUCUAAGUAAUGUUCUUCAAUUGUAAUCAAUGUUUCCUAUUAAAUAAAACAUACCUCUCCUCUCUACCUGAUACAUUGUACAUUUUAGAACAUAGAUAUUCUUUAAUUUUGUCUUUGCCCGUCAUUUUGAAUUUGUACAUAAUUUGAUCCACUUAUUAAUCUAAAUCACAUACAACCCUCUCUUUUUCAUUGAGUCUUCCUCUUUCUUCCUACUAACAUACACUGCAUAAAACUGUUCGGAUUACAAUACAAUUGUUUAUUUUAAGAAAUGCACAACUCACUCUGUAAAUUGUUUGAAUGUCAAAUUUACACGAUAUUGAUUAGAAAAUAAUGAAUAAUAAUAAUUAAUGAAAUUAAAAUAAUUGGUUUUAAAAUUAAAAAUAAAUUUUUGGUACUUGUUAUCACCCCGCCAAUACACCGUAUUAAUUUUAUCUCUCCGCCAUAAAUAUAUUAAUAAGAAUUGAAUUUAAUAAAAAAAAUUGCAGGGGAUCCUGAACCUCUAUAAUAUCUUUUAAGAUAGCUUCCAAUACAUCUUGUUCCCCCGAGACGUGUUUCCAUAUAAAUUCUACUAAUUAUGAUUUGAGAAAAUUUCUAUUAGUUCCAUGUUACUUUUUAUUUUCCCAUUUAGCAGAACCCCACAACCUCAAUGUUUUGGGUAUGUGCCCCUGUGUCCAGAUAAACAAAAUUAUAGGUAUGGUUAACAGUAAUAUGUUGAAAUCUUGCUUGCUGAAAAUUAUUGUAAGCUUUCCAACAAUCUGACAUAAUUAUUGAACCUGGUCUUGUAUAUUUCUUUACUAUAGGUAAUAUUUUCUCCGAUCAAUUGAGUACACUAAUUAUAAAACAUAUUUGGUGUCCCAACAUUCCACUAAAAAUCCAUUUUAGUAGCAGAAUAUAUCCAGCAUUGUUUUUUCUAUGCACAAAUAAACUUUCAUCUAUUUUGGAAAAGAGAUCAGGACCACCACUUUAAUUUGAUUAUUUAUAACUUACUUACACAUGCCUCACAUAGAUAAUUACUCUAAUCGACCCUAGCAUUUUAUCCCAUUUUAAGUUCGAGUUUACAAAAUUUACUGAAGACAUUUUUCCGACUCAGUAGUAUAUGUAAUGGAUAAUUGUGUGUAUUGGUAAUCUAGAACAAGUUAGCCAAUUAUUUAUUCUUAACCCUUUUCCUUAUGGUUAUUUCUUAUCUGACACCGCUAUUAUGAUCCCUUAAUAAACAUGACCAUUUUCACUAACUUUAAUUUCAUUAUUUUUUUUAUAAAAAUGUAAUUCUAUUGUAUUAAAUUUAAUUUUUCGUAUUUAUUUAAACGAAGUAGGUAACAAUGAUAAAAUCCAGCAACAUACUAAUACAUUAUGAUAUAAAUUGUAGUAAUUUCUAUGGAUUUAUUCUAAUAGAUUUAUCAUGAGAUAAACACAAUAAUUAUUUCUACAACAACUAGUGUACUACUAACUUUAUGACAGGGUAAUAACAAACAAGUACCCAAUUUUUUUUUUUAAUAUUAAAUCUAUUUUCAGAUCUAUGUGAGCAAAAAGUGGGGAUUCACAAAAUAUGAUCGUGAUGAAUACGAAAAUUUGAAGGAAGAUGGAAGACUGGCUCCUGAUGGUGCCAAUGUUAAAUUCCGCCCCGACCAUGGACCCUUGGACAACUGGAGGAAGGUCCAACGAGAAUUACUUGCUGUUUAAAUAUGGUUUUGGUAUCUCUUGUAUUGGAAAUUAUUAAAAAACCUUGUUUUGUCAAAUUUGUGUUACUUUUUAUUUAUCCAAUUAAUCUUUAUAUAAAAUUUAUUAAAAUAAAU